GAGAUGAUAAGCUUUUGAGACCAGUUUAGCAAGAUGCCAGGCCUUCUGCAAUCAGCGUUGGUAGGAACCACCGAUGGACAGAUUCGUCUCCGCGACGACAGCCCGGUCCCGGGGGUGAGUGGAAAUACGGUUCUUAUCAAAGUCAAGACGGUAUCGAUCAACCCCGUCGAUUCCAAGAUGGAGGGUGCCUACGUGACUGCCGGCGCUGUGGCAGGAUGCGACGUUGCCGGUGUGGUCGAGCAAGUCGGUCCUGAAGUCCAUGGGGUGAAAGUCGGCGAUCGCGUUUCCACGUCCGUUAUGGGAAUGAACCCCCUCAAGCCGACCGUUGGUGCUUUUGCCGAAUACACAACCGCUCAUGAUCGCCUUUUGUUAAAGCUUCCACCGUCCACCAGUUUUGAAGAAGGGGCCGCUCUCCCCACCAGUUUCCUGACAGCCGGCUUGGCCCUGUUCCAGAACCUCGGGCUCCCCGGUCAUCCUUUCGAACCCAACAAGACACCAAUCAGGGUGCUGGUGUACGGCGGUUCUUCCGCCACAGGCACUGCAGCAAUCCAGCUGCUCAAGCUCGCCGGCUUCGAGGUCCUCACCACAUGUUCCCCUCAUAACUUCGACCUCGUCCGAGGAUACGGCGCGGACACGGUGUUCGACUAUAAGGCGCCCGACUGCGCCGCCGAGAUCAAGAAACACACGCGCAACGGGCUCAAAUAUGUUCUGGACUGUAUUUCCAAUCUGUCCAGCAUGCAAUUUUGCUACCAGGCCAUGGGCCGCUCCGGGGGCAAAUACACGGCGCUGGAGCCUUACCCCGCGUCGAUCGCCAAGACACGCACUGUCAUCAAAGCCGACUGGAUCUUAGCGUUACAGGUCCUCGGCCACGAAAUUGCUUGGCCCGAACCGCACGGUCGCCCGGCCGACGACGCCAUCACCGAUUUCGGCACUGCUUGGACUGCGACCUUGAACGAGUUGCUGGCCAAGGGGCUGAUCCGGUCCCAUCCGCUUAUUGUGCGGGAAGGAGGGCUUGGCAGAAUCCUCGAAGGCAUUCAAGAUGUUCGAUCGAAGAAGAUCUCAGGGAAAAAGCUUGUGUAUACUCUGUGAAUCGCGAUUCGGGCAGAAUAGACUCGCUUCGUUCGCCAGGCGGGAGAUGGUGUGUAUUAGAUAGGUGC